AUGGCUCAGAUGAACCAAGGGUCUGGUUUCAGGGCACCCCCUGUUAUGAAUCCAUCAGGAUUUCCUUCUGGAGAAACUCAUCACCGCAGAGAUCCUCCCAGCAGAGGCAUCUCGAAAGAAGAAGGUCGGGAUGACCCUCUACCACCCCGAGACGAGUUCCGUGAAAGGGGUAUUCCGAGAGAGGAAGAUCGGAAUGAUCCCCCACCUCCUCGACCUGAGUUUCGUGACGGUCAGCCUCUGAGAGAAGAAGGUCGAAAUGACCCACCACGAACAAGACCUAGAGCCAAGAUAGAGUACCAGGCGCCGAGAGGCAAAGAUCGACGUGAUGGUAAUUUUCCGAGAGAUGAAGGUCGGCACGAUCACCCUUUUUCGAGAGAAGAAGGUCGGAAUGAUCCUCCUCCUCCUUGA